ACUGGGGACACGUGGGUCAGGGGAAAACGCCCUCGCGAGAGGUUUGUCCCCGACGCUGACCCGUAGAAGGAAGACCUAGCGAGAGGCGCAAACUGGAGAGGUGGAAAAAAAGAAAACGGUACUAGGGGAACAAAGCUCCAGCUUAUUGACUAAGAAGCGGUAUUACCCUCCUCACACCAAGGUCAGGAGCUCCAGAACCUGUGGCUUCCUGACAUGGAGACAACUCUGGGAGUGGGCAUCGUGGUGGCGGAAACGCUACAGAGGCAGCUGCCAUGGCUGGAGGAUGUCUGGCUCUGGGUCACCUUCCUGGGUGACCCCAAGUGCGUCUUUUUUUUCUACUUCCCCUUGGCCUACUAUGCCUGUCGCCAUGUGGGCAUUUCUGUCCUCUGGAUCACCCUGCUCUCCGAGUGGCUCAACCUCAUCUCCAAGUGGUUCCUUUUUGGAGAACGGCCCUUUUGGUGGGUUCAUGAAUCUGGAUACUAUAGUGAAACACCUGCCCAGGUUCAUCAGUUCCCUGUAUCCUGUGAAACUGGGCCAGGUAGUCCCUCAGGCCACUGCAUGAUCACAGGAGCUGCCCUUUGGCCCAUCAUGAUCGCCACUUCAGGCCAGAUUGCAAAGCAAAGUCGAAGCCGCUGGAUGAAGUUGAUGCCCAGCCUGGCUUACAGCACAUUUCUCUUGGCAAUAGGACUUUCUCGGAUCUUCAUCCUUGCACACUUCCCCCACCAGGUGUUAGGUGGCCUGAUAGCCGGCGCUCUCCUGGGAUGGUUGAUGACUCCACGGGUGCCUGUUGAUCGGCCAGUCAGCUUUUAUGGAUUAACAGCACUGGCACUUCUGCUGGGCGCCAGCCUUAUUUAUUGGAGCCUUAUCUCCCUGGGAAUAGACCUGACUUGGUCCAUUCACUUGGCUUCCAAAUGGUGUGAGCGUCCAGAGUGGCUACACGUGGAAACUCGACCUUUUGCUUCCCUGAGUCGGGAUUCUGGAGCUGCCCUAGGCCUGGGCAUUGCCCUGCACUCACCCUUCUAUGCUCAAGUGAGGCGGGCACAGUUGGGAAUCCUACAGCAAGUUGCUUGCCUCGUGUUGGUUCUAGGGCUGUUGGGGCUCCUUAACUGGCUGGGCAACCCACCCCAGCUCAGUCUCUUCUACAUCUUCAACUUUUUGAAAUUUACUCUUUGGCCCUGCCUGGUUACGGCCUUAGUGCCUUGGCUGGUCUACUCCCUCAGUGCCCAGGAAGCUCCACCUGCCAAAUCCAAGUGACCCCACCUUCCCUUCCCCCAGCCAACACUCCCAAAGACUUCUACCUCCUGCCAAGGAGGCCUCACUCAUCUCUGCAAGAGUCCUCUCCUGUUCACUUCCUCCUCCCCCCUGCCUCAUCCCUAGCUGCCAUUGUGACUGCUGCUUGCCCCUACCCAUGAUGAAGGCUUCCUUUCACUUGAUUCCUCUGGAGAUUCUUCUGUGCUCCCUAUGUGUCUGCCCCACCCCUAAUCAUUUGACUUAGCCUCAGAGAGGAGUAUGUAUACCUGGAAGGGGACUAAUCCUGUCAACCUUUCCCCUUUCCUACUUUGUCAAAAUCCUACCCUUUCCCCCUCUACCAACUUUUUGUAUUUUUUAAGACCACUGCAGAUAAAAGGAACAGGACUCCUAGCACUGUGAGGGGCCAAUUCACAAAGGCUCCAAUAAAGUCCAGUGGCAAUUCUGAGCUUUUUUCUGCAUUUGUAAUAUCCAGAAAGGAGCCAAACCUAGCACAGUCAGCUAGGAUCUUGGGCUCCAGUUUUCCUCUCCUGCUGCUUGUGGAGAAAAUGGCUACCCACCCACAGCCAGAGGGAAGAGCUUUGUACUCAGAAGGGAUUUCCUGCAUUUACCCCUUCCCUUCUCUGCCAUUGAAUAAUGGCAAAAUUAAACUAAAUUAAAGACUAAUGAAAGCUGCAAGAAUUA